GAAAUAGAUAUCACCAGUAUCAUCACAACCAGGGAAUGCUUCAAACCUUCCUCUGGGUUUUCCCUUUAGGUUUGAUAUGCGCUGUAUCUAGUAGAGAAACUAUACCUUCUUGGGUAUCUCGUCACAGAAUGUCUCCACGCGUCCAAGCUAGGGAUGUGCUAUCUGGUGGUGUAGGAUACCCUUACGAGGGCACCAUACUUCGUCAAUUACGCUCUGAACCCUGGGAACAAAAAGAUACUCAAUCCUUUUCAUCGUCUCCUCUUCACAAGAAAGGAUUUUUGCAUGACGGUCUAAUUCUCAGACAACUGAGAUCAGUUCCAAACUCUUAUAAAGCAGGUUAUCUGCAUGAUGGAUUGAUUUUGAGACAGCUGAGAUCUGGUUUACCUGCCAAAGGAUAUCUUUCUGAUGGUUUGAUGUUGAGACAGCUUCGAUCUGGGGUAUCUCCAAAAGAUAAUCUUCAUGACGGGUUGAUUUUGAGACAACUUCGAUCAGCGGUUUCUCCAAAAGGUAAUCUUCAUGACGGUUUGAUUUUGAGACAACUUCGAUCAGGGCUCUCUCCAAAAGGUUAUCUUCAUGACGGUUUGAUUCUCAGACAGCUCAGAUCAGUAACACCAGCUAAUAAAGGAUAUAGACAAGACAAUCUAAUAAUGAGGCAGUUAAGAUCUAUGGUAUCUAAUUAUGAAAGAGGAUCAUUACAUGAUGGGAUAAUUUUGAGACAACUUUAGUCGACUGAACCAUCGUAUCCAGAUACACAAGAGGAAUCAGAGGGAACUGCACAUUACCAAGAACUUCACUAGAUUAUCACAUAUAAAAAAUUAUAAUAUUGCUUAAUUUAUAUCUUUUAAAUUCCUGAAUACUGAUAGUUUUAAUGUACAAGUAGCGUUUCAAUAAUUUUCCGUGAAUAAUUGUAAAUUUAUUAAUGUAAAUAAAAAAUAUGUUUUUU